GUGAUAUGACAAAAAGUGUUAAUGUUAAUGGUCAUAUGUUCAAAAUUAUUUUUGAAAAGAAUUUGAGAGCUCUUAUAUGAUUGUUUUCAAAAAAAAGAAUUCUUAUUUUAUAUAAUUUUUUCAAAAAAAUAAAAUUUAUGACUUAUGAAUAAAAUUGGUUCUGACACCAUCAUCAUUGGUGGUACAAAAAAAAAAUGUUACUUUUAAUCGUGACAUGACGAACAAUGUUAUUGACUUAUUGUUAAUGGUGAUAUAUUCGAAAUUAUUUAUCGGAGAUUUUAUGAUUUUUGAAAAAGAACUAAAGUAUUUUUGUUUUUUCUUCAAAAACUGCAUUUUUUUAUUUUCUUUAAAAAUGACUUAAAAUAUUUAUGUAGUUUAUUAGUCAAAUAAAUAAAAACAAUUUUAAAAAGAAAAACUGACAUGUCUUUUUAUUUACAUGUUAACAUGUUAGAUUUUUAACUUAAUGAAUAAGUAAGCCAAGUUAAAGGUUUUUUACGAUAAAAUGUCAAUUUGAAAGUUUAAUAUGCUCGUUAAAUAAUUUCAAACGUUAAACCGUAAAUAAAUGCUAUUUCGAAGAUUUUUAUGCGAUUCUCUGUUAAAGGUUUAUGUCGAAAAGAAUUUGGUAGAAAAAAGUAAGAAGCAGAAAUAACAACAAAAAAGUAAAAAUCCAUCUUCUAAUCCGGCCCAUAAUUUCAUAAGCCCAUUUAAAAUUGAUGAACUGCAUUUGUUGAAGAAUAUUUGUCCUUUUCUUUUUCUCCGCAAAGAAAGCGGAGUCGAGAGUCACUGGUACCUGUCGGGGUCGGUUUUCUAUCGGUAAUCUUCAAAUAGCUAUCCUCGUUAAGCAGCGAAUUGGAAUUCUACGUUUAAAAGAGAGGAUUUAGGUUUAUAAAUUUUCCAACUUUAGACCGAUUCUGGGUAAAUUGGUGAACAAAUCGGAGAAUUUGGCGUUAGGGUUUUCUUGUAAUCGCGAUUAUGAAACCACACGAUGAUUGGGUUGAUGGAUCUUGGACUGUAGAUUGUGUUUGCGGUGUGAAUUUUGAUGAUGGUAAAGAGAUGGUGAACUGUGAUGAAUGUGGCGUUUGGGUUCACACAUGGUGCUCUCGUUAUGCUAAAGGAGAUGAUCUAUUUGCCUGUCAUAAGUGCAAGAUCAAAAACACCAAAGGGUUCAUGUUCAAGGAGGUCCCAAUUGAAGAAAGGGUUCAUGUUCAAGGAGUUCCUGGUGGAGACUUGUCUCUGUUUGAAAACUUUUCGUCUGUUUCGUCACGUCAGCUGUGGAAAUGUUCUGGUUGCGUGCCUAAGAAGUUUAGGUUUCAGUAUAGAGAGUUUGCUUGUUGGGAUGAUCAUGAGAAGGGAAAUGCAUGUGAAACUGAGGACCCAGAAGAUGGUUCUGCUCCUAUGAAUGAAGGCAGAAUAAGAAAUUUUGUUUCUACACAAAUGGAGAUGAAAUGUUUUAAGAGUGAUGAUAUAAACAAAGAGACUUAUUUUUCUAAAGAUCGGGUAAAGAAGAAGGUUAAAGUUGCGGAUAAAGAGGGAGAAGAUGAUCAUACAAAUGAUUUGGUGGGCAAAACCCUGAAAAAUGCUAUAGGAAGUAUUUGACUUGGAUGCAACAGGAGUCCUCACAACAAAAAGUUGUUAUCCAAGUUUAAGCUUUUGAAUGUUCUUGUGUCAGUGUUUAGGUUUCUUUUGAAUUUUUUUGUGUGUCAAUGACUCCAUGCUUAUGUUUAUAACUUUAUAUUCAGAUUUAACCCUUGUAGGGUUUCUUAAAGCAUCUCUAUUGGUACU